AAACUCAAUCGUUUACGAAAAGAUGCCUUACCAACCGAUAGUGGUGUUCGUACCCUGUUGCACUUAUUACGAUCCGAACCAAUGACAUCACUUAUGUCGGAUUGGACGAGUCUGCCUUUGCUCGACGAUAAUGGCGAAAAUGAAAAUGAAGAUGGUGAACCAGAGGUUGAUUGUUAUCGAAUUGGAAAAGGUUGUUAUACGCUGGUUGAUGAUCUGCUUUUUGACGAUUCAGAAGAUGCUGGUUACUCGCUGAAUUUCUAUUUGUUUCUUGGUGUCAAGGACUGGCACACCGCAUAUGGUGGCUUCAUUUCUUACGCAAAAAAGAACGAAAAGCGUGAGGCAGACAGAGUUUCACCGAUUGAUAACAGCGCCGCUUUGGUGAUCUGUCAUCCGGAUGUAUGUCCAUUUCUCAAAUAUGUGAACAGUGCAGCAGAAGGUCAAUAUUAUUACGUUAUAACUUUCUCAUUGAUUGGACUGCACACGGAAGAAUUCUCCGAUGAUGAUGAUGAUGAUGAUGAGGAGGUGGAGGAGGUGGAGGGAGAGGAGGAAGAGGUGGAUGAUGAGGAGGGAGGUGGGGAUGAUGAUGGGGAUGAGGAAAAUGAGGAUGAUGAUAAUUCUAGUGAUGUUGUUGUUGUUGAAGAAAAAGAAACUUGA